AUGGGAGGUGGAAAUCUUGAUCAACAAAGCGGAGAAGAAGGGAUGAGGAGGAGGAGGGGAUGUGGGUGCAGCUGCACGAAGAACGAUUUCUUGCCGGAGGAAUCAUUUCAAAGCAUUGGAAAUUAUCUUCAGGCACUUAAAGAAACUCCCAUGAGGUUCAAAGAGAGACUGCUGACAAGAUCCAUGGACUCGACAGAACUCCAUGAGAUCAAGGCCAGAAGCGAGCAUGAGAUGAAGAAAAACCUUACUUGGUGGGAUCUCAUAUGGUUUGGCAUUGGUGCUGUAAUUGGUGCUGGUAUUUUCGUCCUCACAGGACUUGAAGCCAAAGAACAUGCUGGCCCUGCAGUUGUCUUGUCCUACGUUGUUUCUGGUGUUUCCGCCAUGCUUUCUGUUUUCUGUUACACCGAAUUUGCUGUCGAAAUUCCUGUCGCCGGUGGUUCAUUUGCUUAUCUGAGAGUGGAGCUAGGUGACUUCAUGGCCUUUAUUGCUGCUGGCAACAUCUUGCUUGAGUAUGUUAUUGGUGGUGCUGCUGUUGCUAGGGCAUGGACAUCCUACUUUGCCACUCUUUGCAACCACAAACCAGAUGACUUCCGUAUCAUAGCCCAUAGCCUUCCUGAUGACUAUGGCCACCUUGAUCCCAUUGCUGUUGUUGUAGCUGCUGUAAUCUGUGUCCUUGCAGUCCUCAGUACCAAGGGCUCAUCGCGCUUCAAUUACGUUGCGUCCAUCAUUCAUGUUGUAGUGAUCCUCUUCAUCAUUGUUGCUGGUCUUGCUAAAGCAGACACGAAAAAUUACUCUGAUUUUGCUCCCCAUGGUGCCCAUGGUAUUUUUGUGGCUUCAGCCGUGCUUUUCUUUGCUUAUGUUGGAUUUGAUGCUGUUUCGACCAUGGCAGAAGAAACCAAGAACCCUGCUCGAGAUAUCCCGAUCGGUCUCGUCGGCUCAAUGGCAAUAACUACACUGGCAUAUUGUCUGCUAGCAGUAACAUUGUGCCUAAUGGUACCAUACGGGAAGGUUGAUCCGGAUGCCCCAUUUUCAGUAGCAUUUGAGACUGUAGGUUGGGAUUGGGCUAAGUACAUUGUUGCUGCCGGUGCAUUGAAAGGCAUGACGACAGUUUUGCUAGUUUCUGCUGUAGGGCAGGCACGGUAUCUCACACAUAUUGCAAGGACUCACAUGAUGCCGCCAUGGUUAGCUCAGGUUAAUGCAAAGACCGGGACCCCGGUGAAUGCCACUAUUGUCAUGCUUGCUGCAACUGCUAUCAUUGCCUUUUUCACCAAGCUUGAUAUUCUGUCCAACCUUCUUUCCAUCUCCACAUUGUUCAUCUUCAUGCUUGUUGCUGUGGCUCUUCUUGUGCGCCGCUACUAUGUUAGUGGCGUCACAACACCAGUAAAUCACAUCAAGCUCGUUCUGUGCAUUGCAGGCAUUCUUGGUUCUUCAAUUGCAACAGCUGUUAUUUGGGGUACAGCGGAUCAAGAUAGUUGGAUUGGGUAUGUGAUCACAAUACCGAUAUGGUUCCUGGCUACUUUAGCACUCAAGGUUUUUGUUCCACAAGCAAGGGAUCCAAAAUUAUGGGGUGUUCCGUUGGUGCCAUGGAUACCAUCUGCUUCAAUUCUCAUCAACAUUUUUCUUUUGGGAUCAAUAGAUAAGAAAUCAUUUGAAAGAUUUGCUGCCUGGACAGGAGUUUUGUUGAUAUACUACUUUCUAUUCGGAUUACAUGCCUCCUAUGACGCAGCAAAGGCAUCGGGAGAGAACAAGGCUGAGGAUGGUUUCAAAAAGGUUGAAGAAGGCACUGUCUCUUCCUAG